AUGACCAAAGGAACCUCGUCAUUCGGCAAACGCCACAACAAAACGCACACUUUGUGUCGCAGAUGCGGCAGGUCGUCGUACCACAUCCAAAAGCACACGUGCGCUUCGUGUGGGUACCCGGCCAAGAGGAAGAGAUCUUACCAGUGGUCUAUUAAAGCGAUCAGACGUCAUACCACAGGCACCGGACGAAUGAGACACCUCAAGGUGGUGCAGAGACGAUUCAGG